AUGGAGAAAAAUUAUCCCCAGGAACAUGGUCAUCGUUUCAAUACUAAUCAGUAUUAUAGAGUUUUACAUAGUGGUGAGAGAAUCAAGCGCGAUUGGUUAAGUUUUAGUGUUAGUAAUAGUCGAAUGUAUUGUUUAUACUGUAUGUUUUUUGGAAAAAAUAAACAAAGAUCGUGGACAGUUGACGGAUUUCAUGCUUGGCAAAAAUUACAGGAUAUAAGUUUGCAUGAAAAAACUGAAAAUCAUAUAAAUGCUGCUAUUAUAGUCAAAAUGAAAUUAUCUUGUAUCCCAAUUUUUCCACAAAUAUAUGAAAAUAAAAGAAAGCAAGUAUUAGAAAACAGAGAAAUCAUAAAUGCUCUCAUUGAAAUAACUUUGUUUCUUAGUCAACAUUCAUUGCCAUUUCGUGUCCAUCGUGAAAGCUGGGAUGAACGUAAUAAAGGAAAUUUUAAAGACCUAGUUAUACUGAUCAGUAAAUUUUCUCCAGAAUUAGCUAUAUAUAUAAAUCACUUGAAAACCAAAGGAAAGAGUGAAGAUAUUUUCCUUGAAAAUGAAUUAGAUUGGAGAUCUUCAUUUGUUGGUGAGAGUUACGAUGGCGCCAGCAAUAUGCGAGGACAAUAUGAAGRUUUACAAGCUUUCAUAAAAGAAGUAAAUCCGUCUGCAGUUUAUACGUGGUGCUAUGCUCACCGUCUGAACCUUAUCGUAGUUCAAGUUGCUAGUAGUUCUGCUGAUGCAGUAAAUAUGUUUGGUAAUGUAGAAGAACUGUAUAACUUUAUCUCAUCUAGUAAAAAAAGAAUAGCUUUCUAYGAAAAUACACARAAAGAAAUCAGACCAGCUGAAAGAGUAARRAGAUUAAAAAGAGUAAWUACAACUAGAUGGAUGUCAUAUUCCAWGGCUCUCCAGACAGUUCUAAAYACUUUURAUAUAAUCAUAGACACUUUGGAAAAUAUCAAAGUUACAGAACUAUCUGAUUACAAGACUUGCUCUAAAGCCAAUGGAUUAAUUGAAUUUUUACUAUCASWAMAAUUUGUAAUGACUGCUAUAUGUUUCAGUAAAAUAUUUCAAUUAUUAGAUCCAGUUWMAAAAAUUMUUCAAUCACCCGAUAUUGAUUUAUUAGGAGCAGUAAACAGUGUACAAGUGRUCUUAGAUAACAUUAAAAAAAUGAGAUCAGACAAAAUAUUUCAAAAUAUCUGCAAUGAAACAACAAUUUUCRUGGAAAAAUCUGACUUUGAGUUUACAUCAUUGCCAGUGAAACGUUGUAGACAAAAAAAUUAA